AUGACCUCCCAUCCCUUGGCUCGUUACGAAGCAUUCUUGAUACAAAACUCCCCCAUAAUAAACACAAUAGAGUCGUCUCUGCGAUCUCUAACAUGGUUCCUCCCUGGUCGUUUUAAGGAUGCGGAUCUCGCUUCCGAGUCAUUGACUACCGGUCUGAACUUACUGAGUCUAUAUCAUGAUGUUUUGCUCGCGCGCAGACUCAGCGGAGAGAAAGUGAAACCACUCAUUCCUCCGAGUGAACAUUCCAGAUACACACGGGCGUGGGCAGACAAACAAUCAACGUACAAAUAUGCCGCUCGAGCCUUGGAAAUUAUCAGGUUUACACAGCUAUUAUUUGAGAUGGUGCUUCGACGACGUACUGCUAAGCAAAACACAUGGAGAGGCAUAGUGGUGUUGGAAUUUAUCAAGUGCGAAGGCAUUUCUUCGUAUUGUUAUACUUCAGACAACUCGAGGCCUCUUCUCUUCCCAACACUUCCUGUGCGCGAACUCGACCCUUCCAACAUCGGGGACAUGCUUUCGACCUCCAGAGCCGAGCGCCAAGCUCUAGAUCGUCCUCGCACGCCAGAUCACAUCAAGAAUAACCGAGCAACAUUCCCUCCCGUAUCUUCAUCCAAACCCAGUGCGUUAUUUCCUCAAGGCGCAGGAAGUGCUACGAAUCAACACGUCGAUGAUUUGCUGUUUGCCAAAGCUUUAACACCGGCUUCUGUUUCCCCCCAAUCUCAUUCGUUCCACCCCUCACCUCCCCUAAAGAUUGGUGUUCCGAAUUGCUCUUCGUUCUUCACCCCGUCAUCUAUGGUGCGAUUACUCUGA